AUCGAUUACACUUCACAAAUAUUGUCAUCCAUAAAACAUACUGUUUGUAUCGUUUUCUAUUUGCACCGAAUAAAAACUUGAAUUUUUCUUCUUCUUUAAACUCUCGAAGAAUAAAAUUAUUAAUUACUCAAUCUAUUGGUAGUAGUAAUUUUACUCUUUUCACGUCAAACUCGUCAUGACUAUUAACUUUGACUGUAAGUAAUCAAUAUAAAUAAGUACAAUCCUUUUAGAACCCUAAUAAACUUUAACCAUUUUCCUGUUUUAGGAAUGGACAGAUCCGGUCACGCUUCAACCCCAUCUCGAGACGGGACACAACCGACAACACUGAAGAAAUGAAAAGAGAAACGAGAUCGCCCGAGUGCAAAAUUUUACCGACCUGUGACAUCUGUCAAAAACAAUUUAAGAAAAAAUAUCUGUUAAGAAGACACAAGAAGCUUGCUCAUUGUGAAAAUGAGGAUAAGAGAGACGUGUCCUCGAAAGGGAACACCCUCGUGGAACUAGGGUCCCAGAAACAGGAAGCUUUGUCCUGCACCAUUUGUGAGUUUCGUUGCAACAAAAGAUCAACGAUGAUAGCCCAUCUGGCGCAAAACCACGAGGGUUCCGGUAAAAGUAAAUUCACCUGUAAAAGAAAAUUCACCUGCAUCAUAUGCGGCCUUAUCUGUUCUCGAAAGGAGACUUUAAGGUCUCAUUUCGUGCGGAAGCACACCCAACAUUACGAGUUCUCGUGCGAGCAAUGCGGCAAAGAGUUCAAGAUCAAGGGUGAUCUAACCACCCACAUGAGAUUGAAUCAUCGGGAACCGCCUGUUAUGUGCGACGUUUGCGGGAAAACGUGCCGCAACAGCCACAGUUUGUACACGCAUCAGAAACACGCCCACUACAAAGCGAAAUACGAAUGCCCCGUGUGCCAUAGAAGAUUGGUGACCAAAGAGAACCUUGACCAACACGUGUUGACCCAGCAUGAGAAGAAAGAGAAGUCCGUUUGCGAGGAGUGUGGGAAAACGUUCUUCGAGAAUCAUGAUUUCAGGAAACACAUGAGGAUACACACCGGGGACAAACCUUAUAGCUGUUCGGUGUGCGCUAGAGCGUUCACCACGCACAGUAGUUUGAGCCAACAUUUGCUGCUGCACACAGGAGAAAGGAUUUACGUUUGCGACGUGUGCGGCAAGUCGUUCGCCCAAAAGGCCGGCCUCAUAUGUCACAGAAAGAUUCAUUCUGGAACGUUCGAGCUCGACACCCUCAACUCGCGCGGUAUCUUUAUCUACGACAAGGAGUCGGUGGUGAUGAAAAAAUGGCAGAUCCUGGAAUUCGAUGGGAAACCGUACUACGCGUUUGUACCUGAAGGCGACACGCCGUUGGCAGAGGAGGAUAUACCCGAGCAAGUGGACGAGGCUGGGAACGAGGAGGAGAAGCAGGAUCUCGUGAAGGUGGAGUGUUUGUACGACGAGGAAGAGUUGCAAUACGAUUCGACGGACGAGAAAUUGUACGAGGAGGAUGAUCUAUUGAACAGAAGCGGGGAGCUGAAGGAGGAGGACGACGUGAAACCGAUAAUAUUAAACGGUGGGAUCGAGGGGAACGAGAACGACAAGGCGAUCGGUGAUCUUUAUCAGGUGAAGGUUCAAGGUAGCAUGGUGACGAUAGAGAAGUUGACGUCGAGCGACGUGGAGGAGGCGAAGGAGGUGGUCGAGUAUCAGCAGGAGGAGCAGGAGGAGGAGCAAGAGGCGUACAACGAUCAGGAGCAGGUGUUGGAGCAGGUGGAGCAGGUGGAGCAGGGGGAUCAGGAUCAGAUAGAGCAGAUAGAAUAUUUGGAGGAGGAGAUGUUGGAGUCGGCGAAUAACCACGUGACCCCUACGAAGACGCGCAGGAAGGUGUCCAGGGGGGCGGGCAGCGCCCUCAAGUGCAAAGUGUGCUCGGAGAUGUUCAGCUCGGCGAUCUCGUUCAGGAAACACGUGGCGUGGACUCACAAGAAGAAGGUGUGCAUACAGGAGGAUGGCGCGUACAUAUGCGCUGUGUGCGAUUACAGGACGCUGAAGAAGAGCCUGUUCGCGGCACACUUGGAGAGGAAGCACGAGACGUGGUCGAGGAAGCGGCCCAACAACAUGUUGUUCCCGUGCGCCGCAUGCGGCUUUGUCUGCAGAUCGAAGCACUCGUUGCAGUCGCACUUCAUAAGGAAGCACACCGAUCGUUACGAGCACCAGUGCAAGUUUUGCCCGAAGAAGUUCAAGGUGAAGGGCGACCUGACCAAUCACGUACGAUUUCAUCACAAGGAGAAGCCGAUCAAUUGCGACGUGUGCGGUAAACUGUGCCAGAACAGCGGCUCCCUUUACGUGCACCAGAAAUGGGCGCAUUACAAGCCCAAGUACGAGUGUCACAUAUGCAAGAGGCGUAUGGUGACGCAGGAGAAUCUCGAUCAACAUCUGUUGACGCAACACGAGAAAAGGGAGAAGAUCGUCUGCGCCGAAUGCGGCAAGACGUUCACCAAGAAGGACUCGUUCAAGAGGCACAUGGCGGUGCACACGGGGUGCAAGCCACACUCCUGCCUGAUAUGCAACAAACCGUUCGCGAGGAGGUCUCAGUUGCGUCAACAUUUGCUCAUCCACACAGGGAAGAGGCCGUUCGUCUGCGAUAUAUGCGGCAAGGCGUUCACGCAGAAGCCAGGCCUGAUCUGUCACAGGAAAACGCAUCCCGGCCCUCAUCCGCCGUUACCCGUAAUGCCGAUCGCGGACAUCGUGAAAGAGUUCACCGAAGGCUACGUGCAGGAGAUAAACGCGCGCGAGAACGAGGAGAGGAUCGAGGAGGAGGCGGCUACUACUGUUUUGGAUCGUUUAGAAGAAGGUAGAGAAGUGAACGCUACAUUUAUAUAUGUACUUUUUAAGUUCAUAAGAACAUUUCGAAACUUUUUCCACGCUUUUACCAACAUUAUAAUCUCGAUCAUCUCGAAGAUAUCAAAACUUUUCGUUUUCUUCGAAACCAACGAUAACACGAUGCUUUCAAUUUUCUGUUUUAGAAUUUUGGAUCCUCUGAGCGAGGAAUUCAAGCCGGAACAAUCUCUCUCCUCGUUGGAGUUCCCUGAUGGAUACGUGAAUUGGAUCGGCAAAGAGAACUUCGAGAUAGUAUCCACGAAUCAGGAAGGGAACAACGUGGAAUCUCUUCGACCCGAUCAAGCAAAGAAGAAGACUAUAACUCGUCUAGAGUGCGACCACUGUCGACGCAAGUUCCUCAAGAAGAGUAACCUGGCCGAGCAUUUGAAGAAGCACAAGCACAAGUGUCCUGAUUGCCCGAAAACUUUCAGACUUCGUCGAUACCUGGCCUCUCACGUGGAAAAGAUCCAUCGACGCCAAGUGUACGAUUGUAGCGUUUGCGAGUACAAGAGCAACAACAAAGGCACCCUGAAGAACCACUACAUCCGCCUGCACACGACCAACUACGAUUUCUCUUGCGACACCUGCGGCAAGCAAUUCAAGAUAAAGAAAGCGUUGAAUCAUCACGUGAAGCAGAACCACAGCGAUGCACCUCCAAUAGUGUGCGACGUCUGCGGCCAUUUCAGCAAGAAUCUCCACGCUUUGAAGGCCCACAUGAAGUACAGACACUACAAGCCUGAGUUCAUAUGUCAAAUCUGCAGAAGAGGCAUGACCACUCGGGAGAAUCUGGAGCAACAUUUGACUUGGCACGAGACGAGGGAGAAGGUAUUGUGCCCCACUUGCGGAAAGAGGUUUAGAGGCCGGGAUUUGGACUCUCACAUGAGAGUGCACACCGGGGUCAAACCAUUCCCCUGCCCUGUAUGCGGCAAAUCGUUCAGAAGGCAGACCGCUCAAGAGCAGCACGUGCUUAUCCACACAGGGAAGAGGCCAUACGUUUGCGACAUUUGUGGCCAAGCGUUCGCCCAGAAACCGGGCCUGAUUUGUCACAGGAAACGCCAUCCUGGACCAUUGCCCCCUUUGCCUGUCGUUUCGAUAAAGAAUAUCGUCACCGAUUCACCUGCAUCGGAUCCAUUGAACGGAAGCGAAGCGAAUCCUCUGGAAGAUGGUUCAUGCGCCAUCAAGAUAGAGAACUCGUACACGUUGGCGAAGAAGGAACGAAGGAAUCGAAAUCAAAGGGACGUGAGAGCGAGGAAAAGGACGAGAUCGAAGAUCGACUCGAUCGCGUCCCCGACUUGCAAAGCUAAGAAACCCAUCGAAUCGAGGAGAGCAAGGAGAGAGGCCGAGUCACUUUUUGAGUGUGACUUUUGCGGUAAACAGUUCAACCGGAAAUCGUUCUUGGCGUCUCACAUGAAGCAGCACAGGCACCGUUGCAAGACCUGUAACCAAACGUUCAGAUUGAGGAAAGACUUGAAGGGGCACACGGAACAAGUGCACGGGCCGGUGUUGUACCCUUGCACCAUCUGCGAGUACAAGAGCAACAACAGGUGGACGUUGAAGGAUCAUUUCAUUCGAAAACACACGAGCAGUUUCGACUAUUCGUGCUCCGUUUGCGGGAAGCAAUUCAAGAUAAAGAACGACAUGGUGCAACACGCGAAGCAAAUGCACAGCAAUGCACCGCCCAUUAUUUGCACCGUGUGCGGCCACGCGUGCAAGAGCGUGCCCUCUUUGAAGGCCCACAUGAAAUACAGGCAUUACAAGCCGGCGUUCGAGUGCAGCUUGUGCAAACGAUGCAUGACCACUCAAUACAACCUUGACCAGCAUUUGCUGUGGCACGAGAAAAAGGAGAAGGUCGUGUGCCCCACCUGCGGCAAGACCUUCGGCCAGAAGAGGGAUUUGGAUCUUCAUCUGAGGAUCCACGAGGGUAUCAGGCCGUUCUCCUGCCCUGUCUGCGGCAAAAAGUUCCCGAGGCGGACUGCUCAGGAGCAACACAUACUGAUACACACCGGCCAGAGGCCGUACACUUGUGAUAUAUGCGGGCAGAAGUUUGCUCAGAAGCCGGGAUUGAUCUGCCACAGGAAGCGGCAUCCUGGACCCCUACCACCCCUCCCUGUCAUCUCUAUUAGGAAGAUACACGUGUUCUUCAUCAACGCCUCUGUUUUCAGGACACGAAGAAUAACCUCUCGAGCGAUUCACGAAUGCAUCAAAUGCGGGGCCUGUUUCUGCCACAUGAGAAAACUGGUCGAGCAUCUGAAGAACCUGCACAACAUCGACAGAGCCUUUAGCUGCGACGAGUGCGGGAAAACCUUCAGAAGUCCCAUGAACAUAGCUCGUCACAAAUUAAUCCACACAGGCUCGAAGAGGUUCGCGUGCGAUUUGUGCGAUUAUAAAUCAAACCAGAAGUCGAAUCUCGAGAGUCAUCGUCGGCGACACAUCAAAGAUUACUCGUUCAAGUGCGACCAGUGUCAGAAAGGAUUCUUUCUGAGGACAGAGUACGUGGAGCACGUGAACGUGCACACGAGAAAGGAGAUCUAUCGAUGCGACCACUGCACCAAAACCUAUCCGUACAAGAAGAACCUGACCCAUCACAUGAGGACCCACCACGCGAAUAUUUUACCGGCCGAGAUGAAAAGUGGCGCGAAACGGAGACACGUGUGCACGAUCUGCCUCGAAGAUUUCACGCGGAAACGAUUCUUGGAAACCCAUUUGAGGAAAUUGCACGGGUUGCGCGAGAAAAUGGGGCAUCUGUGCGAUCUUUGCGGCGCUAUGCUGUCCUCCGGCAGAAGGCUGAUGGUGCACAGGCGGCGUCACGUCAACGAGAAGAUCGCGAAAUGCGAUGUGUGCGACAAACAGUUCGCGAGCAAAGAGAACCUAAGUGUUCAUCGGCGAGUGCACACGGGGGAAAAACCAUACGGUUGUUCUCAGUGUGGAAGAAGAUUCGCACAGAGGACCUCUUUGAUCUUGCAUCUUAGGUAUCAUUCGGGGGAAAGGCCGUAUCAAUGCGUGGAUUGCGGCAAGGGAUUCGUGUCGGGAAGUUUUUUGAAGAAACAUCGCAAGACGCACGAGAAAACCUCGCAGCGAGACUUGAGAAACGAUGUGAUAAAAAUAGACGACAACUGGAGCAACGAGCACGACGAGUUUAGCAGCUGCGAAGAUUUCAGAAUCAAGAACGAGGAUGUCCUUUUCGAUCCUGAGCAGAAAUUCGAGGGAAACGAGAAAGUCUGCGAUCUGUGCCAAGAAAAGUUUCACUUCGUAACCAGAUUAGUGGCACAUCUGAGGAUCGUCCACGGUAUCCAUAGACCCUUCAAGUGUGCCACUUGUGAAAAGACGUAUCCGCAACAAUUCAUGUUGAACGCUCACGUGAAAAAGUCCCAUACCCCAAAAACUAUACCCUGUAAUCAGUGCAGUUUCAUGGGGGUGAAUGCUACCGACGUGGAGAGGCAUACGAAACGACACCAUCGAGAGGUGAAAUUCACGUGUGAAAUCUGCAGUGAGAACUUCGUGGACAAGGAUUCUUUGACGACUCAUACGACCAUGCACAACUUCAUGCAAUUUCAACAGUGCAAUGCUUGUGGUACGACUUUCAAUGACGUGUACAGUCUGAAGGAGCACAAUCGUCUCUAUCACUACGACCCAGCUGCAUUAAUUCAAGAGAAACUCGAAACAGACGAUCCCCAAACCGCAGAGCACAAAUGCGACGUUUGCGGCAAGGUUUACAAGUACAAAUCAGUUCUGAAGCAGCAUAAGGUGAAGGCUCACGGUGACAUGCCCAAUUACGAGAGGCGUAGAUAUUUAUGCGCACUUUGCGGCAAAGAGCUAAAAACAGCGAAAGGCCUCGAGAUACACAAUCGAUCGCACACAGGGGAAAAGCCUUACACCUGCGAGGUAUGCGGCAAGUGUUUCGCGUGCGAGACCCUCCUCAGGACUCAUAAUGUCACGCACACAGGCGAGAGAAAGUACUCUUGCGACCAGUGCGGCAAAGCUUUUACACAGAGAUCCACGUUGGUCGUUCACAAACGUUACCAUACUGGUGAACGGCCAUACGUUUGUCCUCGGUGUGGAAAAGGUUUCGUGACGAGAACCGUUUUGAACACUCAUAUGAAAUCCUGUCGUUGAAACGGGAUCAGAGAAGAAGAUAGAUGGAAGAAGAGAGUAGUUUAGCAAGGGCUUCCAGUAUGCGAUUGUUUCAGCUAAGACUGGGACUAUUUGUCGUUAAUUUUUAUAAAUGGGUAAUUUCUUAUGAUUCUGUGAUUCUUUGGAGAGAUUGUUAGAACGUUUAAAAGUUAAGAAUUUCAGGUUGGAUGGUGAAAGAGUAUUUGAAGAUGGGUGAUCUUUUUGUAUUUUUAUAUUUAAGUAUUUAAAUAUAUUGGAUCGUUCCAAUAGUCCCAGCCUUAAAUCGAGGUGUAUAUACGUAUUUUUUUUUUAUUUUAAUUCCAGUAUUAAAUGGUUCGUUUAUAGAAAGUUUAUACGGUCAAAAGUACUAUUUCUAUCAUUUGUCGCAAAGUAUUUAAAAUAGCAU